AUGGCGCUCCUGCAGCACCACCACCAGCGGCGGCGGCGGCUGGAGGAGGAGGAGGUGCGGCGCCAGAUGUUCGCUGGGGUGGCGGCGUUCUUGGUGGUGCUGGGCCACGGUCAGCAGGUGGACUACGGGGAGGACACGGGCGGGCUCGGGGACAGCGACGCGGGCGGGUCGGAGCCCGAGCCGCCGCCGGAGCGGACGCGCGGGGGGUCCGGCAGCAAGCGGAGUCGCACUGCCGAGGUGCACAACCUCUCCGAGAAGAGGAGGAGGAGCAAGAUCAACGAGAAGAUGAAGCCGCCUGAUACCCAACUCCAACAAGGUCAGUGGAAACUGACAAGAGCUCUUACUCUGACUCUCUCGCUCACCGACAAGGCAUCCAUGCUUGACGAGGCCAUUGAGUAUCUGAAGCAACUGCAGCUCCAAGUGCAGAUGCUGUCUAUGAGAAAUGGUGUUUACUUGAAUCCUCCAUAUUUGUCUGGCGCAAUUGAGCCUGCACAAGCAUCACAAAUGUUUGCUGCACUUGGUGGGGGCAACAUCACAGCGUCAAGCUCUGGGGCAGUGAUGCCACCGGUAAACCAAAGUUCAGGAGUUCAUCAGGCAUUUGACCCAUUAAAUCCUCCACGAAACCAACCACUGUGUUUUGUAUUACCAAAUGUAGACAAAACCAUUCAAGAAGCUCCAUUUCACUUGGAAUCAUCGCAGUCCCACCUUCGAACAUUUCAAAUGCCUGAAUCUUCUGAGAUGAUGCUUCCGGGCGAGGUAGUGGCAAAGCACCAGCUAACUUCAACUCAAGAAAGAGUUAGUCUGCCAGGCAAGAAUCAUCCAUUGUAA